CUAGGUCAGGGAGUCAAGUCUUGUUGUCAGUGUCAUCGCAGUUGGAUUCUAAUUGUUGGGGGCCUGUUGUGAGCUUCUUGUCCAUACAAUCGAAAGAUGAACUUGUCAUUCACACUUUUGCUUGUGAAUGUGGUUGUGUUUGUUGGCGCUUCAGAAGACUGGUGUUAUACAGGCUGUGAGAACAGUCCCUCUAGAUGGGGCGACCAUUAUGAGCACUGCAAUGGAAACAGACAAUCCCCCAUCAACAUCGACACUAAACAAGUCAUCAACAAUAAGAACCUGCAGGACUUCAACCUGGCCAAUUUUACCAAAAAGGACACCAUGAAAAACCUAACCAACAAUGGACACACAGUGAAGUGCGAGCUGGAACCAGGUAUUGAGGUCAGUGGAGGAGGUCUCAAUGAUGACUACUCCACGCUCCAGUUUCACUUCCACUGGGGAGAAGACGACCUGGAGCACUUCCCUGGGUCGGAGCACUCCAUCAACGGCCACAGAUACCCCAUGGAGAUGCACAUUGUCAGUCUGAAGAAAGGCCUUAACCCAACUGAGGCCAAGGCAAAUUCAGAGGGCAUAUCAGUGCUGGGAUUCUUCAUUGAUGUGAAGGAGGAAAUUGAAACGGGCAUGCCUGAAGUCUGGGAGAGAUUUUCUGAAGCCAUACCAGCGAGCGGUGCUAAUGUGGCCCUCUCCCUGGACAUCUCCAUCCAAGACUUACUGCUGGAUGUCGACCUGACAAAGUACUACCGUUACCAUGGCUCACUCACCACGCCUGGCUGUAAUGAGGCAGUGGUGUGGACUGUUUUCCAACAGCCAAUCCGUAUCAGCAAAGAUCUGAUCCUGCGCUUUACACAGAACGCUGGAUUCACUGAUGUCUACCGCCCUCAGCAGUCGCUCCAUGACCGCACGGUCUACGGUUCAUCAAACCUAGGAGCCACAACUCCACCCUCAGAAGGCCAUGAAUGGUGUUACGAAGGCUGUGACCAUGCUCUCUCCCACUGGGGUGAUAUCUCUGGAGCCUCCUGUAAAGGGGAAAACCAGUCUCCCAUUAACAUAGACUCCCACAAUGCCACAUACAAACCCAGCCUGGGCCACUUCAGUUUCUUCGGGUUCUCUGACAGCCAGACAAUGGACUAUCUCAUCAACAAUGGCCACACAGUGAAUGCUGUACUAAAGAAUGGAAAGGUGGAGGUGGCAGGAGGGGGUCUGGAGGAGAUGUACACCACCGUGCAGUUUCACUUUCACUGGGGGAACAGCUCCCAGCAUGGCCUCAGUGGUGAGGGGCAGUCCCACCGCUCCACUGGAUCCAGCCAUGCAAAGAGCGCAGAGUCCCAUGAGACACCUAGCAGUGGAGGUGGAAGCGGCUCUGGGGGUUCUGAGCACGCGAUGGACUCUCAUGUCUAUCCAAUGGAGAUGCACAUUGUCAGUAUGAAGAAAGGCCUAACAGCAGAGCAGGCGCAAAAGGACCCAACCGCCUACGCGGUGCUGGGCUUUUUCAUUGAGGCAACUGAUGACAAUGACCAGCCAGGAAUCUGGAAGAAUUUUACAGACCAUCUGCAGAUGAUCCAGAACAUAGGCAGCACCAUUGACCUCCACCAGGACAUAUCUCUUGAUGCCCUCCUGGGGAAUGUGGAUCGCACCAAGUACUACCGAUACAAAGGUUCUCUGACCACUCCAUCUUGCAAUGAGGCUGUAAUAUGGACCAUCUUCAAGGAGCCCAUCAAAGUCAGCAAGAACCUGGUUGAGAAGUUUUCCACGGAGACCGGGUUGAAUAAUGUGUUCCGGUCUGUCCAGCCACUGCAUAAUCGUGUGGUUUAUACAACCGAAGUUUCCUCCAAUCCCCCCUCUUCCCCCACUCCCUCCUCUUCCCCCACCUGCCUCUUCUCUCUCGUUUUGAUCCUGUCCUCCCUCUGUGCUACUCUGUGGAUAAACCAGAGGCAGUAGACCAAGGCUACACAGAGAGUAACGCACACACACACCAAUCAUUCACAUAUUAUUUACAUUCACGUAAACAUUGAUUUAAAAAUAAAUGCAUUUUUAAAUAGGUUAACCUUUCAUAAAUUGCGGUCAUUGAGUAAUAUGUUUGAAAUGGAUAAUAGUGUAAUACUUAUAUAACUUCUCAGGGUUUUAGAGUAUAUAUUUUGGAUUUGUAUUUAUUAAUGCUUGGCAGUGGAAUUGAUUCAGCAUGAAUUCAGUGCAAUAUUCUUAAUUCAACAUAUUAUUGAUUUAAUUGUUCCACAGUUUGUUAUGCAUCAAUACGUAAUCAUGUAAAUGAGGGAAGAAUUAAGAAAAAUAAUGUUCCUCAUUGACGUCUGUAAACUACUGUACUAUCUUAAAGGACAUUGCAAUAAGACAGCGGUUAUGAUCAACAAUAAAUAAUGUGACAUUCAUUUGA